ACUCUGUCACACACAGACACACACACACACACACACACACACCUGGCGCCUGUCAACUCACCUCCGUCAGUGCUGUCACCGCUGUGACGUCAGUGGCGCAGCUGUUACCUGUACGGUUAGCUGCUGUUAGCUGUGAUGCUAACUGAGCUGCAGACUGACUUUAAACUCCACGCAGCUGUACGGGUACACGUGACGUCACACAGUCACUUGCUGACAUCAGAACUUGAAUAUCACUUUAAUGACGAACUGAUGUCAUUGAUCAUUGGCCCUGGUGACCUGGACAGAAAGUAACUGAGUACAGCUACUGCAGCCGUCUGAGCGUCUUCCUGUCGGUGUGUCCUGCCCCCUGUGUGCCUGCAUUGCCAUGGCAACCUUCCCAGAAUUCAUUGCUCAGAACGAGGAGCGUGACGGUGUUCGCUUCAGCUGGAACGUGUGGCCCUCCAGUCGGUUGGAGGCCACUCGCAUGGUGGUGCCGGUGGCGGCUCUGUUCACGCCCCUGAAGGAGCGACCCGACCUGCCGCCCAUCCAGUAUGAACCGGUUCUCUGCAGCCGGGCCACCUGUCGAGCUGUGCUCAACCCCAUGUGUCAAGUGGACUACCGGGCCAAACUGUGGGCGUGUAACUUCUGUUACCAGAGGAAUCAGUUUCCUCCAUCCUAUGCUGGGAUCACUGAGGUGAACCAACCUGCUGAGCUGCUGCCUCAGUUCUCCACCAUCGAGUACGUGGUGCAGCGGGGUCCUCAGAUGCCGCUGGUCUUCCUGUAUGUGGUGGACACCUGUAUGGAGGACGAAGACCUGCAGGCUCUGAAGGAGUCUCUGCAGAUGUCCCUGUCUCUGCUCCCUCCCACUGCGCUGGUGGGACUCAUCACUUUUGGACGCAUGGUCCAGGUCCACGAGCUCGGCUGUGAGGGGAUCUCCAAGAGCUACGUCUUCAGGGGCAGCAAGGACCUGAACGCCAAGCAGCUGCAGGAGAUGCUUGGUUUGACCAAACCUUUGGCCACUCAGGGCCGAGGUCCUCAAACCGUCCAACAGCCUCUGUCCAACAGGUUCCUGCAGCCAGUGCAGAAGAUCGACAUGAACCUGACCGACCUGUUGGGAGAGCUGCAGCGUGACCCCUGGCCUGUCACUCAGGGGAAGAGACCUCUGCGCUCUCUAGGCGUGGCCAUGUCCAUUGCUGUCGGCCUACUGGAGUGCACCUUUCCCAACACUGGCGCUCGCAUCAUGACGUUCAUCGGCGGCCCAGCGACACAGGGGCCUGGCAUGGUGGUGGGAGACGAACUGAAGACGCCCAUCAGGUCGUGGCACGACAUUGAGAAGGACAACGCCAAGUUCAUGAAGAAAGCCACCAAGCACUAUGAGUCUCUUGCUAACAGAGCGUCCAAUCAUGGUCACAUCAUCGACAUGUACGCCUGUGCUCUUGAUCAGACCGGUCUGCUGGAGAUGAAGUGCUGUGCCAACUACACCGGAGGCUACAUGGUGAUGGCGGACUCCUUCAAUACAUCUCUGUUUAAACAAACCUUCCAGAGAGUUUUCACCAAAGAUGUCCAGGGCUCUUUCAAAAUGGCCUUUGCCGCCACGCUGGAGAUCAAGACUUCGAGAGAGGUCAAGCUCUCGGGAGCCAUUGGACCGUGUGUGUCUCUGAACGCUAAAGGACCCUGUGUCUCUGAGAACGAGAUCGGUACGGGAGGAACAUGUCAAUGGAAGAUCUGUGGUUUGGAUCCCGGCACCACACUGGCUCUUUACUUCGAGGUCGUCAACCAGCACAACGCUCCGGUUCCUCAGGGCGGCCGUGGAGCCGUCCAGUUCGUGACUCAGUACCAGCACUCGUCAGGACAGAGACGCAUCAGAGUCACCACCACCGCCAGGAACUGGGCAGAUGCUCAGACUCAGAUUCAGAACAUCGCAGCGUCGUUCGACCAGGAGGCGGCGGCCAUUCUGAUGGCGAGGCUGGCUGUGUACCGUGCGGAGACGGAGGAGGGGCCAGAUGUUCUGCGAUGGUUAGACAGACAGCUGAUCAGACUGUGUCAGAAGUUUGGAGAUUAUCACAAAGACGAUCCAAACUCCUUCAGGUUCUCCGAGACCUUCUCCCUCUACCCUCAGUUCAUGUUCCACCUGCGGCGCUCCCCGUUCCUCCAGGUGUUCAACAACAGUCCAGACGAGAGUUCGUACUACAGACAUCAGUUCAACAGACAGGACCUGACUCAGGCCCUCAUCAUGAUCCAGCCUGUGCUGUACGCCUACUCCUUCAACGGGCCGCCAGAGCCCGUCCUGCUGGACAGCAGCAGCAUCCUGCCGGACAGAAUCCUCUUGAUGGACACAUUCUUCCAGAUCCUCAUUUACCACGGAGAGACGGUGUCUCAGUGGAGGAAGGCUGGUUACCAGGAAAUCCCUGAGUAUGAAAACUUCAAACACCUUCUUCAGGCUCCAGUGGACGACGCUCAGGAGCUGCUACACAAUCGUUUUCCGAUGCCCAGAUACAUCGACACAGAGCACGGAGGCAGCCAGGCUCGUUUCCUGCUCUCCAAAGUGAACCCCUCCCAGACCCACAACAACAUGUACACCUGGGGACAGGAGUCUGGAGCUCCCAUCCUGACGGACGACGUCAGUCUGCAGGUGUUCAUGGAUCAUCUGAAGAAGCUCGCUGUCUCCAGUGCUGCCUGAACCCACCUGUCCCCACCUGUCCUAACCUGUCCCCACCUGUCCUAACCUGUCCCCACCUGUCCUAACCUGUCCCCACCUGUCCUAACCUGUCCUAACCUGUCCCAACGUGUCCUAACCUGUCCCCACAUGCCCCAUCCUGUCCCACCCUGUCCCAACUGUCCUGACCUCUCCCCACCUCUGUCCCACCCUGUCUGUUACUGACCCCGCCCACUGUCACCUGUCAGUUUCCAGGUAGCAGCCAAUCAGCAGCAGCCUCAGGGCAGUGAGAGACAAUCAUGUUGCUCUAACUCCUGAUGACUGAUCAUGUGACUGGUGAGCAGUCCAUAUAAAAUACAAGCCUCCAUGUGAUUGGUCCAUUCAAAGCAGUAGAAACAGCUAUUAGAUAAAUCAUGUGAUCAUUCUUUAACUUUAAAUCUUGAACCCGUUCACACAACUUAAAGAUGCUGCUGUGAAACUGUUCCUGUUCUCACCAGCAGGUGGCAGGCUGCAUGUGUUGAUGUCUGGGUUUUAUUUUCUUGUUUCUAAUAAAGUUUGAAAAAAGUAA